AUGAAAUGUGAGUUGAUUUGAAUUUAAUUGUUUGAGAAAAAUUUUCAUAACUCAAAAAAAUUAGAUUUCGAGCAAUAAACAUUCAUUGUUUCAAAAACACUUCAUCGGUUACUUCGAGUUUUCAUUUAUAUUUCCCCACCUCUUUUAUUCUUUCAAAAAAAUCAGAGAUCAAAUAUUUUUAAAAAAUCUGAAAUUUUCCCAGAAUUAAUUCAAGGUCGAUUAACAGUUCAUCGGAAAAUCAACGAAAAUCUUCAUUCACCCGAGGACAUCGUCGAGAUUCGGAUACAAUUGGAAAUAAAGAAACAGCAAUUCGAACUGUUCGAUUUCCAUCUUCGGAAUUGAAUAAUGAUAGUUUUGUAAGAAUUGAUAGUUGGAGAAAUGAUGAAAAUGAAGAAAAAGAACAUAAAUCCAGUGGGUUGGAAAUUAUAAAUAAUUAUUUCAAAUCUGAAAAGAAUUCAGGAUUUUCAAUGCAUUGUGAUUGUAUUGAUGCAAUUCGUCGAUGGUCGAGAAAAAAACAAUUUUUGCUUUUCAGUGUCAUUAUUUUAUUUCUGUUUUUCAUUGCGGCUGCGAUUGUUUUACUUAUUUUAUUGUUGAUUAGUAAUGGAGUAACUUUAGAAAAGUUCAAAAAAUAUUGCAAGUUUGGAAUCUAGAGUAAAACAAAAAUUUUGAAACGUUAGAAUUUUGGUGAGUUUACAAGCAUAACUUUUAUAAACAUGAAAUAUCUGCAGAGUUUUGAACAAAAAUUUUACAAUACUUUCAAGUGGUUUUCAGAUUUGAUAUUUUUUCAGGAAACAACAACAAUAAUUAUCACAGCAAUGUUCUUACAACAACAACAACUCAAACAACAACAACUUCCACAGUUGCUCUACCGUAUCUUGUUGGUUAUUUAACCAAAACCACUUCCGAAUUCAAAUCAUUUGGGGCAAACCUAACAAGUCUAUCAGUGGAUAACUCAGGAUACAAUUAUAAUCAUAGAUUAUUGGGAUAUUCUCAAGAUCAAUUUUUGUUAUAUAAUUUGGAUUAUGUGACAAAAUAUGAUAUGAUGAUAGGAUUCUCAGAUUGUCAAAUUUUAUCGUAUUCGGAGAAUGCAACAGUUAUGAAUAUUGAAAAUAUGAUUUAUUGUUGCAGGCGGAUUGGGGAGACAACUUGUUGGGUUUACGGAUAUUCAAUCGAUAUUCCAGAUGAGAUUAUUGAGAUUCGAAUUUCAGAAGAUCGGAAUAGUUUGUAUGUGGUCACAAAAAGCGAGAUUGAUUGUGUUUUGCAAAAUAUUCUGAUCAAUGGAAUAAACAAAUCUACAAAGAUUGGAAUGAUGAAAGCAUGUCCAGAGACUGAUCAAGGGAUUUUCAAAAUCAGCACUACAAGUUAUGAGAUCUCAGGGAAUUCUGAUUUUUCAUAUAAUAUAAUUAGUGACUCUGGACAUCUUUUGAUAUAUCGAAACAUGACAGAUUUUUAUGAUAUUCCGUUUAAUUUGAAUGCUACAGUAUCCCCAAUUAUAUCUACAACAAUUAUAAAAAAUCAUAAAUUAAUUGCCUUGAUUUAUCCUCCAAGCAGAAUGUAUGUUACCAGACAAAAUCUGAUUUCUGGAUGUGUCUCGACUUUAUCAAAUCAAUACGUCGAUUUUAAAUAUGAUGGAGAAUUCAAAAGUGGAGAUUGGAUUGGUGAAGAUUUUAUGAUCUGGUUUGAAGAGCGACAAGGCGCAAAUAUUGCCACUUUUCAAUUUCAAUGGCCUGAUGAUUUGCAAUGUUCUCUUUCUUGA